GGAGAGUACAGUGAGGGGGUUUGUAUACACGUGUGAGUGAAGGCGGGUCGCGUCCCGCGUCGCCCAUUUGUGAGCAUCCACGCCGCGCUUCAGAGUUGCGACUUGCGAGAAGGGAUCGAAAUGGACAUUAAGCCCGACGGGAAAACCGUUUCGCAAGUCGACGACGAUGGCAUGCCCAAAAGAACAGGGAGUGCAUUGACGGCGACGACGCACAUAAUAACUGUGGUAGUGGGAGCAGGAGUGCUUGCACUGCCGUGGGCGAUGGCUCAACUUGGAUGGAUCGGAGGAGUAGGUGUUAUGGUCACCUUUUCAUGCAUCUCCAUCUUCACUUACAAUCUCAUUGCUGAUUGCUACAGAUAUCCCCAUCCUAUCUCCGGCACCAGAAACUACACUUACAUGCAAGCCGUCAAAUCUUACUUGGGCGGCCGCAUGCACCUCGCCUGCGGUUUCGUCCAGUAUUCCAAGCUCGCUGGAAUUACUGUUGGCUAUACUAUCACCACCUCCACCAGCUUAGUGGCCAUCAAGAAGGCUGGGUGCUUCCACCGAAAAGGCCAUCAAGCUUAUUGCAAAUUUUCCAACAAUCCUUUCAUGGCUGCUUUUGGGGCCCUCCAGAUAUUCUUGUCCCAAAUUCCCAAUUUCCACGAGCUUACCUGGCUCUCAACCAUUGCUUGCAUUACGUCUUUUGGUUAUGCUCUUAUUGGGAGUGCUCUGUCUCUCGCUGUCCUCAUCCAAGGACAAGGAAGGCCAACCAGUGUAACCGGCGUAGAAGUAGGGCCUGAUCUAUCCGAAGAAGAUAAAAUGUGGAGAAUUUUCAGUGCAAUGGGGAACAUAGCGCUUGCUUGCUCUUACGCUACUGUUGUUUUUGAUAUUAUGGACACAUUGAAAUCAUCCCCACCAGAAUGCAAGCAGAUGAAAAAGGCUAACGUGUUGGGGAUCACAGCAAUGACAUCACUCUUCCUUGCAUGCGGUGGCCUUGGUUAUGCUGCUUUUGGGGACAAAACACCAGGCAACUUGCUCACUGGCUUCGGAUUUUACGAUCCCUUCUGGCUGGUCGACAUAGGAAAUAUAUGCAUCGUCAUCCACAUGCUGGGCGCAUAUCAGUUAAUGGCUCAAGCAUUCUUUCUUAUAGUUGAAUUGGGUGCAAAGAUGAUGUGGCCGAAGUCAGAUUUUGUGCACAAAGAAUACCCGUGCAGAAUAGGCAAUGUGACACUCAACUUGAACAUGUUUAGGCUAGUUUGGAGGACAGUAUUUGUGAUGAUAGCCACUACUCUGGCCAUGGCAAUGCCCUUCUUCAAUGAGUUUCUUGCCCUGCUCGGAGCCAUUGGGUUCUGGCCUCUCAUAGUGUUUUUCCCUGUACAAAUGCACAUCGCCCAGAGACAGAUAAAAACCCUGUCACUCAAGUGGUGCGCGCUACAACUUCUGAGCUUUGUCUGCUUCCUUGUUUCCUUGGCCGCAGCGGUUGGUGCCAUUCAUGGAAUCAGCCACAAUCUCUCCAAAUACAAGCCCUCAUGUUUAAACAAUUCGCGGGCCGCAGUCUCCGAGCAGAUCAUCCUGCUCAACGUUAAACAUCAACUGGGCGAUCCACCGUCGCUUCGAUCGUGGACCUCAUCGUCCUCACCUUGCGAUUGGCCAGAGAUACGUUGCGCCCAUGGCGUCGUCACCCAGCUCCUUCUCUCAGGAAAAGGUGUCUCCCGGAAGCUACCGCCAGCUAUCUGCGACCUCAAGAAUCUGACGGUGCUCGACCUUUCAAACAACAACAUCCGCGGAGAAUUCCCCAGAUUUUUGUACAAUUGCUCCAACCUCCAAUUCCUUGCCCUCUCUCAAAAUUACUUCGCUGGCCCAGUACCCGACGACAUUGACAGACUCAAAAACUCUAACGUUCUUAGACCUUAA